CCCUUUCUAGCGUGGUUCUAGCCUGUCUCCAGCAUUCCUGGGAAGCUCUGGAGAGUAGCAUGUGCUCCAGAAGGCGGGAGUGGUGUCUGGCUCUGGAACUUCUGCUGCUGCCUCAUUGGUUCCUGGCGACCAGCAUUCAAGGUCAUUCAGAAUCUCCGGUGAACGCGCUCUCUGGCAGAAAUGUGAGACUUCAAAUUUCCAAUUUGCCUGAUAAGUACAAAAAGCUCACUUGGUUUUACACCCCUGAACAGAAGAUUGUAGAAUAUGAGGAGUCCAGCGAACCCAACUACUUCAAGUCUAAAUUUAAGGACAAGGUCAAGCUUGACCUCACAAAUGGUGCACUUGACAUCCAUAACGUCCAGAAAGAGGACAGCAGUACCUACCUCCUGAGGGUAGUGAAGGUAACCGGCAACGAGGAGGAAUGGCAGGUUCCACUGAAGGUAUUUGAUCCUGUACCUAAGCCUGUCGUAGACAUCAAGAUACAGAAAGUGAACAACAGCUGUUAUUAUCUGACGAUAUCAUGCGUGGUCCCAGACCAGUCUGUAAACUACAGCUGGCGUGCAGACUCAGGGCCCCUUCCAAAAGAGCUCCAGACUAGUGUGUUCAAUGUCACCAUUGGGCCACAAAACUACUCGAAGUUUUACACCUGCGAAGUCAGCAAUCCUGUGAGCAACAGUUCUAGCACCGUCCCAGUCACCAUCCAUGACUCCGCCGGAUCCUUCAGAGUAGCUUGGACUGCAGUUUGGCUAGUGGUCAUCGUACCCACUGUUUCUGGCCUCCUGUGGAACUGAGAUGAGCUCUUCUAACUCAGGAGUGAAACUUCAAGACCACAGGAUCUUGUCUUCGUCAGCACCAUGCUGUUAACCAGGACAGAAACCCUAGCUAUAUGGCAUGGGGAAAGUGUAUUUCUGAGGUAUCUACAUGGAAUUUCAAAUUAACUUUUUUAAAACCAUGGUUAAUAUUUUAUUUUAUAUCCUCUAGUUGUUUUCC